CAUCGUUCUUGGCAAAACCCGCGAUCGAACCAUUCGUCCUUGAACAAGAUACGGAGGUACAACAACAAUCCAUUCAUUUGGCAAUCAUCUGUGGAAUGAAAGCACGAGAUCUUUCUUGAAUGCGACAAUGAGCGCCCCUUCUUUGUGCAACCGCCUUGCUAACAGGCGUCUGCUUUUUCAAUCCAUCUUUUCGAUCCGCUCUCGCAGCUCCCAUCUCGCUCGACAGCAAGUACGCCCAGCGCGUGGACGGAAUUAUGGAACUUCUCGGUAUGGAAAUCCCAAACAUGCGGACUUCUUCGAAGGCACGUCACGCAAUCCAAUGGAUAACAUAUCCGUCGAUCCUGUCUGGGCGGCGCAGCGGGCCAAAGAUAUACGCCAAAUGAGAUAUCUAGCUUUGGGGCUCGUCUGCACAAUCGCGGCAACAGGAAUUACAACCAUGCUAUAUCCUGCUCCUGCCGCGAGAGCGACGUCAACAAAGGAGAGUGAUGGAGAUCAAAACAGGAACAACCCAGGCCUGAUCCCCAGAGCUAGUAUGGAUGCGCCUGGUGGGAAAGAGGCGGAUGAGUUUCAAGGGAAACCCAUUGUUGUCAUUGCGGGAGGUCAGAGGGUGAUUGCUAAAGAUGAGUCGAACGGCGUGGCUGUUGAGUUGGUGAAGACAGGAACGAGCACUGUGCCCCAUUUCCCCAAAACUAUUACGUUGCCGACGUCGGAUUCGGACGGUGGAGAGGAGGAAUACACACUUCUGGGCUUGGGUAUACGAUCUGUGUCAUUUCUCGGAAUGCAAGUCUAUGUUGUGGGCAUGUACGUGCAGACUUCCUCUCUUGCUGCCCUACAAGCUCGCCUGGUCAAGUAUAUCAAUCCUUUGGGCAGCGCUCUCAUUGCCAAUGAAAAAGACGAAUUGAAGAACGCAUUGUUGGACAGCGAGAGGAGCCAGCAAAUCUGGGAUCAACUGCUUGGGGAGAAGGAACUCGGCCUAAAGUCGGCUUUCCGAAUCGUACCUGUGAGGAACACGGAUUUUGGCCACUUGAGAGAUGGCUGGGUCAGGGGCAUAACAAGCAGAACUCAAGAUGCUCAGAGAAGUGGAGACGCGCGGUUUUCUGACGAUUCCUUUCGCAUAGCGAUGAAAGAUUUCAAGGACAUCAUGCAGGGAAAGGGCAAGGCACCGACAGGCAGCGUAAUAUUACUUAUGAGAGACGCAGAUGGGGCGAUGAGGUUGUUCUUUCAGAACAAGAAUGGGAAAAUGGAGGACUUUGGCAGCGUCAAAGACGAGAGGAUUGCACGCCUCGUGUGGCUCGGCUAUCUUGGUGGCAAGCACGUGAGCUCAGAGCCGGCGAGAAAAGCAAUCGUAGAUGGAAUCAUGGAGCUAGUCGAGAGGCCCAUUGGCAGCGUCGAGACGAAGGUUGGCUAGGGCAUUGGCGUACCUGUGCUGGUGAGAGGGUGUGGUGACGGCUCACUGGUGCUUCGGAAAAUCAGCAGGGCUUAUCUGUACACUAUAGCACAUGAAUAAAUAUGGAUCAAACUCUCCUGCCAGAACAAACGUACUUUGGAAUUUCUUUCAAGGCUAAACGAGAGAGAUUCUGCCAACUGGACACAUAUGUCUGUCUGUC